CCAACUGUCGUCUUGCUUCAUGUUACUGGCUUACCUACCAGUAACAAUAACAAUAGUAGGCCUGUUGCACACCAGUCGUGCUCAGAAUCUUGAUGGAGAGCCAGAUUACACAAAAAUUUUGUAUGGUGGGGUUUUGCGAGUAGAAGAACAUGAGGACUCCAUUAAAGAAAGUCAAGAUGUUAUUCAGUUUGCAGUCUUCUUUGUCAAGAGAAGAUACCCUAUCUGUGAAACACCAAAGAAAGAAUCAAGAAAAGUUUCAACUGUGGAAAAACUGACUUUGUUUUACACCAAUAAUGAGGAAAUUCCAUACCUAGUGAAUGUUUCGGGCACUUUCCAACCUUUAGUCUUUGGAACACUCCAAGAUUUCUCUCUGUGGUGGACUUGUGGCAGGAAUGUUACCCUCCACAAUUUCACCAUUGCCACAUACCCAAAAGAAACACACCAUGUGUAUUCCCAUACCUUUAUGAAAGUUUCUGAUUUAGGAAACUUUACAGCCCCACUGGAGGUUGAUGAAAGAUUGGAACAGAGAAGUAUAGAGGAUCCAUGUUGUAGAAAAACAUGGAUUCCAUCGGAUUUUGUGAUGUACAGAUGCAGUAAGUCAUGUAAAUUAAAGUGUGUGGAACCUUUCAGUGUUAUGACUUACAAUAUUUGGAACAUGAACACCUUUACAAAGAUUGACCAGGACUACCCUGCAAGGUUCAGACGUCUUGCAAAAUUUGUGUAUGCCCCUGGACAGCUGGAUAAAUACAGUGUGUAUAAUGGAAAAACAGAAGAGGGCGUGGCCGUGUUCUCCAGAUUCCCAAUCAUUGCUCAAAAUACAUUCCUUUUAUUCAGAAAUCGUAGUAACAGUGCUGAUCUCCACCAGAGAGUUUGUCUCCAUGUCACCAUACAGCAUCCUCAUCAUGGAGUGAUUCACUUUCUGACCACACACUUAUCAUUAAGUCAUGAGGCCAGGGAGGAGUCUGUAGUUCAGAUCUGGAGGUACCUCAGGGGCCUCAGAGGUCCUGUUAUCCUAACAGGGGACUUUAAUGCAGAACCUCAGGAAAAAGCAAUGAGAUUUCUAAGAGGUGAAGUAUCACUGAAAGGAGAGAAGACAUCUUGUUUGGUGGAUGUGUGGCCCUAUGUUUAUCCCAAGUCACACGGCUUCACCUUUAACAGUGCUGAAGGAAAACUGAAGAAAAGGAUUGAUUACAUUUUUAAGUGGAAUCUUGAUAAAGAUUUUCAAGUCAGCAAUGUAGAGAUUGAUCAACACUCAGGAAAAGGACAAAAAGCUGCAUCUGAUCACCUGCCUGUUGUGGCGACAUUUUGUUGAAUUCACACAUACAUUUAGUAGAUGAUUGAGUGAAAUCAAGUUUAUUGAUGUUUUUAAAGAAUUGAUUAAAUACUUUUGUAACAUUUAUGAUAUUAUUUGCAAUUCAAGCUUUGCAUUCAAAGGAGAUGGAUGAAGAAGGCAGCAUGCAAAAAGCCUAUAGUUCAAAUGUAUAAAAAUCAUAUACAGUUUGUGAAUUUAGUAUAUAGAUUGAAGUCCUUCCAUCACUGAUAUUUAUGGAAUUAUGACAAAACUUUUCUUUGGAAAAUUUGCCUCAGCAGAAUAUUUCUAUAUUUAAAAAAUCAAUGUGGUAUUUGUGUGGUUCGAACUCAAGCAAUAAAAAUCCUAGUAUCAUUUUUCUUUGAGACUAGUUAACAUGUUAACCACUGUUCUACACAACAGUUGACAAAUAAUGGUAAAUCAAGUUUGUGAUAUAACCCUUGACUAAAUGGACUUGCAAUAUUUCUCAGAAAGAUACAAAUGUUGUGUCACAUAAGUGUAUUUUUAAGGUAUAUUGACCAAAAAUUUAUAUUUUUACGCAUACUUUGAGGAUAAACUUUCAAAAAAAUGGAGAGAAGACCGACUCAUAUGGAAAGCUGUGUUAGUGUAUGAAGAAAUCAUUUUUGACAUAGCCUCUUUAGUGUGUGUAUGCUAUUUCGUAGAUGAAUAAUUUUAAAUUUUGUGAGAUUUUUGCAAGUUGUGGAGAUUUUACAUGUAGUAUACAUUAAUGUUAGAUGAAAUAUCAAAGGAGUUUUGUUAAAAUUGAGAUUUAAUUUUUUCACCUUCUUAUUUGUCACAUCAUAAGCAUUUUUCUCACCUUAUUCGCCCAUCUUCUUUCAUUUUAUUCAACUUAAUGUUGCAAUAGCAAUUUUAAAUUUUCAAGUUUUAAAAUAACUUGUAAAGAUUGUAUGUGCAAUAAAUUUUUCAAAUUUUAAA